UCCGCCCCGCCUGUCACCCCCUCUUGCUUUGUGGAUGUUUCACUUUGUUUCAAUUCCUGGCUUCCAAGAUGGAGGCGGCGCUGUGGCCGCGGGAAGCCCUCUGGCCGCUCCCGGGCUUUCUGCUUCUGGUGCUUCUGCCCGCCUGCCUGUCUCUUCCGGAGCCCACAGCCGUCUUGUCCCGGAUCGCUAGCCAGGAAAGCAUCAAGAUUAACAUUACUGUGUUGCAGAACAAUGGGAACCCUCAGGAAGGACAGGUUGUCCUUAAUAUCACCUAUGUUAAGGGCCAAGUGUAUGUAAAUGACUUUCCACUGAAGAGUGGGGUUACCAGGAUAAAGUGCCAGACUUUAAUAUUGGAGAGUGGGAAUGUUGACAGCCUACUGAAUCAGAAGCAAUUAGGAAUUGUUAGUGUCCGCAUUAUGAUCCAUGAGUGGCCAUUGGCAUCCAGCUCCAACUUGCAGUUGAUUGUCAUUCAGGAAGAAGUGACAGACAUUGAUGGAAAGCAGGUUCAGCAAGAUGAAGUGACUGAAAUUGACAUAUUAGUGAAGGAUUUAAGAGUGCUUAGGCAUUCAAAUUACACAGUUCCUUUGAAGGAAAGCAUGCUGUAUUCCAUCCCAAGGGACAAUGAUGUUUUAUUCACACUUCCUAAUAUUGCAAGAAAAGAUGUUGAAAGUCCACUGCAAACAACUAGUCACUAUCUUCUCAGGCAAGUAGAAACGACCAUAGAUGAAGAGGCAUUGCCUGGCAAAUUACCAGAAACUCCUGUCAGAACAGAUCCUACAUCCUCUUACAAGGUGAUGUGUCAGUGGGUGGAGGAUAUCAGAAAAUACCUUUGCAAGUUCUGGCUUCGGUCAUUUCCGGUAUUCUUUAAUUUGAUGGAGGUCAUUGUAGUUGGAGUUAUAGGAGCAGCUUUAAUAAUAAAAGUCUUAAAAGUGGUUUGCCCAUGUGAGCCCAAGGGGAUCCUCCAUCUUGAUUUCAUACCUGUGGUUACAACUAGCUUGCUUCCAGAGAUGCCAGAGAAAAAAGACAAUAUAGAGGAAAAAUAUAUUUAAAAAUGUUCACCUUCAAGUAUCUGUAUGAGUGUGACCCAAUAUUUGGCAUGAUUAUUAAUAUAUUGUAUAAUGCUGUUAAGAAAAGGCUAUGAAAUAUCAGUUUUUUAAAGGACAUCUAACAUUGGGCCCCUAAAGAGUUCAUCUUGUUUCACUUCAACCACCCUAAUGACCUCUCUCUCUCUCUCAUACACACACACAUACAUACAGCCCAGCAGGUUCCUUAUAGAAUGGCUGCAGCAAAUUCUAACUUCUGUGAAGUAAUUUUUCAAUAUACAGUUUAAUCAGCCCAAGCACACUGUCUGUAUGAACCUGCCAUACUAGCCUCACCCUGCAAAUCUUUUAAAAAAGUAUUAGUAGGGUAUGUUUCCAAGUAAAUAGUACGUUUACAGCUUUAAGAUCAACAUGAUGAUGAAAAUAAUUAGUCCUAUUAACAUGAAAUGAAAAUAUAUGAGGACUGUAUACAUCUGUAACAAAAAGCUGAUUUAAAUGGGAUAUUCUUAAGUGUGCCUUGGGGAAGAAAUGGUGGGGAGGAACUUUUAUUUUGCUCUUACAGUAAAUAGGUUGUUGGUGUAAUGCUGUUACUGUAUGAAGGGCAACCUCACAUUGCAAGCACUUUAUUUAAUCCAUAAAAGGUGUCCUAAAAGGUGUAAGCACUUUUAAAAACGGUGCUUCUUCAAGCUGAAGUACAUAGUUAAUUUUUCGAACGAGCACAAAUGCCUUUAAAAUGGUGAUUUACAAAGCAGUUUUCCAGACAAAUUUGUAUUAUCACAACUUUUCAAUAAAUCUUUACAUGUUGAGAGUA